CUGUCAAAUAAAGUAGAGUGAGAGAAGGAAAAAGAGCAAGCUUGUUUCUAUUAGAGUCGCGAGCUUGUUGUAGUCGGUCCGUGAAGGGAGAACUUGCUGUUUGCCAGUAAUGACUUUCACGAGGCAUUAAAUAUCCUCUAUUCUAUUGUUGGGAUAUUACAUGCUGGGACCGAACCGAAGAAAAGUAGAAGCCUCAACCGGCAUUAUAACUACAGUACGCUACCUCCUAAAUCAAGAUCUACAUCCCGUCGCUACCCUUUCAGCCCUUUAAAUGUUCAUCUUCCCGCGUGAGGGUGAUCAGCUUUCUCGUUCACCAAGCCAACCGAGUUGCUCAUGGGAAGGAGCAUGUGAGGGAGAACGACCAAACUUUGUCUCUUCGUACGGGACUAGAGCAAGCUGGCUAAGCCGCAUCUUCUGCUUUCUUUUCAUUUUGCAUUUGUCUUUCAAAAACCCGUUCUUGCUGUUCUUUCAUCAGCAAAUGUGGCAAACUACUGGUGGUCUUUUCUUCAACUAGAAGAUCUCUGCUCAAGUCUUUAGAAAGCAAGAGUCCUGCUGUUGGAGUAAAGGCAUGCCUUUAGUUAAGGUAGCGAGUUACUUUCCGGUGAGAUGGUCGUUGUAUUUAGAGAAAGUCAAGGCGCCCGAUUGGAGCUCAUUGGUUCAGCAUUUUGAAGGUAGUUUGGAGGAAUAGGGUAAGAAGGGAUGGCUCGAGAUGGGAGCGUUGUCCCUGCGGACCCACAGGCUAUGGUUGUUAUGAAAAAGAAGACACAAACUUCGAGAAGUUGGAUUUUGAUUGAUGCUACGGGUCAAGGGUCGAUGCUUGAUGUUGACAAGUAUGCUAUCAUGCAUAGGGUUCAGAUUAAUGCACGUGAUCUUAGAAUCCUUGAUCCUUUGCUUUCUUACCCUUCUACCAUUCUUGGUCGUGAGAAGGCUAUUGUGCUUAACUUGGAGCAUAUCAAGGCAAUUAUCACAGCUGAAGAGGUAUUGCUGCGAGAUCCAACAGAUGAAAAUGUGGUCCCUGUUGUUGAAGAACUGCGGAGGCGAUUGCCUAAACUGAGUGACAUUCAUCAACAACAAGGAGAUGGUAAAGAGUAUAUUGGUGGUCAACAUGAUGCUGAAGCUGCUGAUGAAGAUGAGUCACCGUUUGAGUUCCGCGCCCUGGAGGUUGCUUUAGAAGCCAUUUGUAGUUUUCUUGCUGCACGUACAUAUGAGUUGGAGCUGAUUGCUUAUCCUGCAUUAGACGAACUUACCUCCAAGAUUAGUAGUCGUAAUUUGGACAGAGUUCGUAAAAUGAAGAGUGCAAUGACAAGGCUGAAUGCUCGGGUACAAAAGGUCAGAGAUGAGCUCGAACAAUUGCUGGAUGAUGACGAUGAUAUGGCUGACCUAUACCUGUCGAGAAAGGCAGGUUCGGUGUCACCAGUUAGUGGAUCAGGUGCUGCAAAUUGGUUUGCUACCUCCCCAACCAAUGGAUCAAAAAUAUCCAGAGCAAGUAUUGCAACAGCUCGUUUUGAUGAAAAUGACGUGGAAGAGCUUGAAAUGUUACUGGAGGCUUAUUUCAUGCAAAUUGAUAGCACAUUAAACAAAUUAAACACACUGCGAGAGUAUAUUGAUGAUACCGAAGAUUACAUUAACAUUCAACUCGACAACCAUCGAAAUCAGCUUAUUCAGUUAGAGCUCUUUCUUAGCUCUGGAACUGUUUGCCUAUCUUUCUACUCUCUGGUGGCUGGUAUUUUUGGAAUGAACAUCCCAUACAGUUGGAAUGACAACCAUGGUUACAUGUUCAAAUGGGUAGUUAUUGUCUCAGGAGCAUUUUCAGCUAUUAUGUUUCUCAUGAUUACCAUUUAUGCUCGCCAAAAGGGGCUGAUUGGAUCAUGAAAAUCAAUAUGUUGGAAAGGUGCACAGAAUGAACUUUACAUAUGGUCCAGAAUGACGAUUCAAGAUCUUGUCAAUUUAUUUAAGAUUACAUUAAAGGGUAUAUAAUGCAAGCUUAGUUCUUAGGGUUGAUACGGAGCUGGUGUUAGUCUGGCAGGUCUGCAAUAACCUCAAAUAUACAGAUCCAGAGUUGAUUUUUGUUUUGAAUAAUUUUAAGGCCUUGAUAUGUGAUUAAAUUAAGUUGAAUAUAUUAUUAAUCUUUAUAUGCUAUUUUUUUGUAGUUAAUAUAAUGAUAUUUUUCUUUUGUUAACUUCAUGUAAACAUGGAUCAGAUAAGCAUUAUAAAUAAAUUCGGACACCGUUAUGAUCGAGCCAUUAAA